CAGGAUAAGUCAAGUGAGACUGGGAUUGUGAACAAAGACUGAAUAGAAAGGGGACCUUUGCUUAUUCUGCCGUUUUUAAACACACCUUUACCUGUAUUACCUGGAAGAUUACUCAAGGCAUUGGAACACGACGACUUCAUUUGCAAAUCAUCAGAAGGGCCCCAAGAUCAGCCUUAAAUUGAAGGAUUAUAUCAGCUGGAACUACUUCAUACGUGGAAAUAAAAAUUUGUGAAUUUGACAUCCAAUGCUAUACAGUGAACAGGUAGUUUUGUCUGUGAAGAGCUGGACAGGGUGGAGCAUAGAAGAAUGGAUCAGUCCCUACAGGUGUGGAGCACACAGGCCCCACCCACCGAGGAGGAUCUGGAGCACUGUGGAGCCCGUCCUGAGUGCUCCAUCUGCUACAGCACUUAUGACAAUGUCUUCAAGACACCCAAGCAGCUGGACUGCGCUCAUGUCUUCUGCCUGGAGUGCCUGUCACGUCUCCGGGCAGUAUCAUUACACCUAAAGAAGGAUGACAUCACCUGCCCGCUAUGCCGUCAUCCCACCUCUGUUCCUGAUGCUGGUCCCCCAGCUCUGCCCACAUGCCCCGACCUGCUGGCCAGACUGCCAACCCACCAGAGGUGGCCCGAGCAUGUCUGGCUGGAGGGUCAGCAACUAUGCUAUCAGUGCCCUAUGGGUAGUGCUGGUAGGCAUUCUAUCUGGAUUUGUGUUGAUAUCAGUGCCAGCGCACAGCGAAGUCCACCCCGACCUUCACGGGUUCACAGAAGAAGCCUCGGGGAACUGAUCAGACUGAAGGGCUGGAAACGUUUGGCGCUGUUGACAUUAUUGAUGGCGGCGCUGGUCUGCAUAUUGUUCUGGCAGUUGCGCUGCGCUUUUAGCGUAUCCUCCUAUACUUGCCUACAACCUGACAGAGAUGUUACCCAAACUCCCGCCAUCUCCAUCUCCACUUUCACGCCUCCACCCCUUUUCCACCAACCAAGCGAGUAAAGCAUGCCUGUGCUUCAUAUCUAUUAAAGUGAUGCAGACAGUUUAACACACAUAAACGGUAGGACAGGCACAGAUACUGUACCUCAGGCACCAUUGUCAAAAAUCCUUGGACCUGUAAAGAAAUGCUUUGGGGAGUGGAAGUGAGGAUGCUAUCAUGUGACUGUGUCCAAGACUGAUGCUGAUAUAAGAGGGUUCUGAUGAGCGUAUGAACAUAGACAUUAAGGUUGCUGCUCUAAUCAGAAAGAACAUGACACUGCUUGCAAAAUGUUAAUUUCUGCAUUGUGUAUUCGAAGAAGCAAAUUUGCCACUCUCACAAAACACAUACAACCCAUCUUUAGAAUUUAAUCUACAGUUUCACCAUAAAAUUACAUUGGAAUGGUUGUUUUCAGCAUAAACAGCAUAGGUGAGCCGUCCAAGUCCUAUGCCUGUAAUGUACUUGUUUACACAUCUUUUGAAGCAGUGGGUAUUAUGCUUGUUUUUUUAUGAUCAGUUCCUCGCCUCCUAAUAGAAGCUGAUGUGAGAAGAAAGCCAAACAAUAACUUAUAAUGUGAUCUGUGUUGAGGACGUACAACGUUAUAAAGAAAAACACACUCCUAAAAAGGUAUCUGAGUACAUCAGCAUUUAGUUAAGGCCUUUGAUAUGUUUCCAGAAAGGUCCGGAACGCCUCAUUUUAUAACCACAUAGUAAAAAUAAUGCUAGUCACUCAUUGGGUCUACAGUAGUGAUGGGUAAAUGACGCUUCGUGAACCGUUUGUUUUAUUUUUUGCCCCUGCUAGAUGGUGCUCCUGGUUUGCUUUGGAGCUCUGUAGCUGUUUUUGAACAAAGAGAGCGCCAUCUAGUGGUGUCAAUAAACACAGCAAAUGGUUCAUGAAGUGUCAUUUUGUCCAUCAGUAGUCGAUACACAUGAAUAAACUCCUAAUAUUAAAGAAUAUAUUUCAAAAACACUAUACAUUUUACACAUUACAAAUUCAAAUGUUGUUUUACAAUAUUUUACAUAUUUGUAAGACUAAAAAUAGAGGUUUUUUUUUUUAUUCAGGACAGGACUUUUCUUUCUGUACGAGACCUUAUUAACAUAUCAUGACUGAUUGUGCGAGUAUUGUACAUUAUAUUUUGGCCCUAUUCUUAGGGGUAUUGUGAAUAAAUAAAAUCAUAUUAGCAUUUACAUUCCCCUGAUUAUGCAUUAGUAUGUUUGGUGGGUAAUGUGCUCAGAUCCCUUCCAAAGUGCCCUGUGUUUCCUGGGAUAGGUUCACCGUAAUCCUGUCCUAGAUUAGCAGUUUUAAGAUGGAUGAAAGGAUGCACAGUUCAUAG